AAUAGAAGGGCAGCCUUGUGGAUGGCCCCAGAAUAGACCAGAUGGAACAGGAUAGAACCAGCCAUGUUGAAGAGAGUAGUUUGAGCCCAUUUCUAAUACCGCAUCCUUCUCCUGUUUGUCAGGCAGAACCUUUGUCAGUGAAGCUGCAGAAUGGAAACCCGUCAGCAGAGAAGACCCACGACGAAGUCAAUGGCAACCACACGUGGCUGCAUUUCAAGGCCAACUUUGCAACGAAGCACGCCGCAAAAGGAAGUGCAAAUAAUCGAAUAAGCCCUGACCUUCUACAGGAAAAGAGAGAUUGUACCAGAUAUAUGCAAAAUGGUGGGAUCAAACGCACUUCUAGCGAGCCUUCUCUGUAUGCGCUUCACCAGAACAAGAAACUAAAACAAGAUGAAGAAGCAAAAGAAGAAAAACAGGCCUCGUUAGACAACAGUGAUCAACCAGAUGUUUCUAAUUCAUGCAGCGAGAAUGACUUUGCGGGUUUUGCAGAAGAAAAAAAUGCAGCUUCAGUUCUUAUACAGUCUUUAAGAUACAACUCUGGUGCUUCAGAAACUCCUCAUGUCCCCCAGGUUCAGAAUGACCUGGAGAGUGAAAAUAUUAAUUGCCACAACGGGGACACUGUCUUGUUAUAUAAGAACAAGGCAAUGCCAAUGCCUAAUGGUGCUAUAGUUUCUGCCUCUUCUGUGGAAAACAUGCGUGGAGAACUUCUGGAGAAAACACUGUCUCAGUAUAAUCCAGACCACGUUUCCAUUGCAAUGCAGAAUGCGACGUCUCUCAGAAAUGCCAUAAACACUCGGGCUGCUAAUGAGUUGGCCUGUGGGGUACCACAUUCAUCCCAUACCUCAGGGCAGAUCAGCUCCCCACAGACCUCAAACUCUGAGCUGCCUCAGGUGCUAACCUCUGUGGCUACUGAGGUCCACUGUACAGAAAACUCCAAUAAAACACCGAUAUUGCCAGCGUGCUACACGUUUCAGAACCCAGAACUACAGUUACCACAACAAAAUUCUGCAGAUGCACACCAGCCCCCUGGUGAGGAUACUGGUGUCCCAGAAAGCACAGAACAAGGACCCAGUCAAAAUUUCUCAUUACCCGAUCAAGAUUUCUCACUGAAUCCCAGCAACGAUCUGGAAGCUCCAAACCAGAGCUCAGAGAGAUUCCCUGAGCCAGCCGAAGAAAAUGGUGCUUUGUUCCAGCAACACUCCAUGUUCAAGAAAGAUUCUUUCAGUCCACCUCCCAUGGCAACUUCAUCCCCAGUUUCAGAAAUAAGCAAUAUUCUGUCCAUUGGGGUAACAGAUGGGCAUAAUUCUUACAAUGCCAGAAGUGAAGAAAUUCAUUUGAGAGAAGAAAAGAAUGUAGAGCAGCAACAACAAGAAAAGCUUGCAACCCAAAUUCCUGGCCUUCUCCAGCAAGCACUUAGUUCUCAACAGGGUCAUCAAAAAGAGGUUCAGAUUUCACAACAGAUGGGCAGUGAGAUGGACCUGGUGAGCACAGGGAUGCCAUCAGGCAUCACAGGGCAACCGUAUCCGGAAGAAAUGAAGCCAGACAUGGAGCCUCAAGUUCAAGACUCAGGGAUACUAGGAAGUAGGAAAGAGAUGCAGCAACAUUAUCAGCACAUUUUGGGCCAGAUUAAUCAGAAGACCCUUGCUGACAAUGAAAAAGGUCUGGUCAAAGAUCACCAGAUGCAGCCGCCACAGCCUCGUUCGCAACCUCCUUGGGCAGGAAUGGCUCCUUCUCAGUUUCACUCCACCGAGUCACCCCACAAACCAAACGAGGUGCUUUUGAGGACCAUGCUUCAAUUCCAGUCAAAUCUGAGUGAACAGACACAUCCAAAACAGUAUUCUGGGAGCCCUGAUAUCUCCAAAGGGCUUUCGGGGCAGCCAUCCCAGCAGAACAUCAUGCAGUAUGAACAGGUGCCCGCACUGUACAAGAGUGAGGCAACGCAACGGUCACCUCAUCUUACGGCUGACCAGCAAGUGCCAUUCCAAAAGCACUCCCCACAGCCUCCCCAAAUGGACCCUCUGAUAAAACCCCACGAACACCAACAAAACACGAAGCACUUUCACCUUCAGAGCCCAGCCGAACACUGCACUCACCAGUCUUUGGAGGCACAGUUCAAGCCGCAGCACUUACGUUCUUCGCCAAUGGAGAACGAACAAUUCCUGCAGUCACAUAUUUUACAACAAAUGCUCCAGACACAGCCAACGCAAUUGCCACAGAGCACGCAACUAACCUUGAACCCCCAGCAGCAAACAGGACUAAUGAAGACCAGAGAAGCCCCCCAGACCUUUCCCCAUUCCAACACCAAUCAAGAGCAGCCACAGGGAGGGACCUCACUGAGUCACCUUAAGUUAGAAGACUGCUUUGAAUCAGCAAACAAUUAUUUUAAAUCGGCAGAGUUCCCAGGGCAAAACCCCCAAUCCAGACCAGACCGAGUAUCAAGUAUGAACAACGAAGAUUCCCUGUAUAAUCAUGCUUUUAAAGCAAAUACCGUUAUGAAGCAUUCCUACCCAAACAACAUGCACUUAGCAUCUGAGAAAAAAGAGCCUGCCAUGAACUCUGAACUCUUUACAGAAAACUUAACACAUGACUUGCAGCAUAUGCAAUAUUAUCCGAAUAGCAUGACCCCCAAACAAGAUGCGCUACAGUGCUUUCAAGAGCAAAAACCACAGUCACCACAAACUUCAGCUGUACAGGUACCCUUCCAGCAGACCCAGGGAUAUCCUAGCUUGAAUGCCAACAUGUGUAGCCAGCAGCAAAGGUACUCACCAUAUAGUCAGCAAGCGCCAUCCCAUGCACUAGACCCGAGAGGGUGCCAUCUUCCAUCUCAACCCCACAGAGAUUUUCAAAAGCACGCUGCACUUAGAUGGCACAUCUUAAACAAACAAGAACAACAAGUCAAUCAAAAAAACGAGAUGUGUGCCGGUAUGGGGAACAAAUCUAUCAAAGCGGAAGCUGGCUCCAAGUCUAACGUCUGCCUGCGUCCAUCAGCUGCAGAAAACAAAACAUGGAAGAAAACAAUUAAACAAGAGGUUCAGCACUUUGGUUGUGAGAACAUGCAACAAAAAAGUAUAAUUGAAACAAUGGAGCAGCAGCUGAAGCAGAUUCAGGUCAAAACGCUCUUUGAUCACAAGUCGCUUACUAUCAAAUCCCCUAAGCAUGUGAAGGUUGAAACUGCAGGUCCCAUCACUAUUCUGUCAAGGAAUUCCACCGCUGCAGAUUUCAACAGCCACACAGCCUCUUUUGAUCAACAGGCAAUUCAAUCUAAUGAAAGAACACCCACCAAAAGAACCGCUGGGACAGCCCUCAAUCAUUUUUUAGAGUCUCCUUCCAAGUUUUUUGAUACCCCUGUGAAAAACUUACUGGAUACACCUGUCAAAACCCAGUACGAUUUCCCAUCAUGUAGCUGUGUUGAGCAGAUUAUUGAAAAAGAUGAAGGUCCUUUCUAUACCCAUCUAGGAGCCGGUCCUAAUGUGGCUGCUAUCAGAGAAAUGAUGGAAGAACGGUUUGGACAGAAAGGCAAUGCCAUAAGAAUUGAGAAGAUUGUGUAUACAGGGAAGGAAGGAAAAAGUGCCCAAGGAUGUCCUAUCGCUAAAUGGGUGAUUCGUAGAAGUAGCACUGAAGAAAAACUGCUUUGUUUGGUGCGAGAACGCGCAGGCCAUACCUGUGAAGCAGCAGUCAUAGUUGUCCUGAUCUUGGUGUGGGAAGGAAUUCCUCAGAGCCUAGCAGACAAGCUGUAUUCGGAACUCUCAGAGACCCUAAGGAAGUACGGCACGCUCACAAACCGCCGUUGUGCCCUAAAUGAAGAACGAACUUGCGCAUGCCAAGGGCUGGACCCCGAGACUUGUGGCGCAUCUUUUUCCUUCGGUUGUUCAUGGAGUAUGUACUACAAUGGAUGCAAAUUUGCCAGAAGCAAGAUCCCAAGGAAAUUUAAAUUAUUGGGGGAUGAUCCAAAAGAGGAAGAAAAGCUAGAGGCCAGUUUGCAAACUCUUUCAACUCUGAUGGCACCUACCUACAAGAAGCUGGCACCUGAUGCGUAUAACAACCAGAUUGAGUAUGAACACAGAGCUCCUGAGUGCCGUCUCGGUUUGAAAGAAGGCCGUCCAUUCUCUGGGGUCACCGCUUGCCUGGAUUUUUGUGCCCAUGCUCACAGGGACUUGCAUAAUAUGCAGAACGGUAGUACGCUGGUGUGUACGCUAACCAGAGAAGACAAUCGUCAAACUGGCCAAACACCAGAAGAUGAACAGCUUCAUGUGCUGCCUUUGUACAAAAUCUCCGACGUAGAUGAGUUUGGAAGCACAGAAAGUCAGGAGGAGAAAAAAAAGAAUGGCAGCAUUCAAGUCCUUACCUCUUUCCGGCGAAAAGUCAGGAUGCUGGCAGAACCUGUUAAGACAUGCCGGCAAAAAAAGCUGGAAGCUAAGAAAGCAGCGACUGAGAAGCUUUCUGCAAUGGAGAAUGGGUCUAGCAAACACGAGAGAGAGAAAUCUGCCACGGCACGUCAGAAGCAGGCCAGCUCAGAGGCUUCGGGUCAUGCUAAACAGCUAGCAGAUCUGUUACGUCUUUCAGGGCCAGCCAUAUCUCAGCAACAGCUCUGUCAGCUUCCGCAUCACACCCUCCCUAAUAAACCUCAGUUAAAUCACAUCAACUCGUACUCUGCUUCGGGUCCCACAAACCUCUACAUGGGUCUACCUAACUCAGCAACUCCAUAUCCAAAUUCUUCACAUGCUUCAGAUCCUUACGGAGGGUCCAACCCCAUGAAUAUCUAUCCAGCCUCUUCACAGCCUACAGGAGCAUAUUUGAAUUCUUCCAGUCUGAUGAAUCCCUACUCUGUACACUUAGGUCAAAAUAACCAGUAUCCUCAUUACCAAUGCAAUGGGAACUUGCCUAUGGACAGCUGCCCCUCCUACUACAGCUCCUAUUCCUCUCAGCCUCAGCAUAUGGACUUGUUUAGGUAUCAGAGCCACGACUCUCUUUCUAAACUAAGUCUACCACCAAUUCAUACAUUUUACCAGCAUAGGUUUGGAAACGGUCAAAACUUUGGGCCCAGAUACUUGAAUUACGGAAACCAAAAUGUCCAAGUAGAUGCUUUCAACAGUUGCACCAUUAGACCAAACGUUCAGCAUGCAGGGUCUUUUCCUCCUUACUCCACCCAUGAGGCUGAUGACCCUUUUAUGGACAUUACCUCUAGACUGAAGUCUAAUCUAAGUAAUUCAGGCAUGGACUACAUGAAUAAAAAUGGAGAUCAUCUAUAUCCCCCUUCACAUUUAACACAUGACUAUCACUCUGCUGCAGGUAUGUUCAGUAGUCCUCAUUCACUCCAUCUCCAGAACAAGGAUAAUCAAGCAGCUAAUGGGUUUCCAAACAUGCUUCCAGGUCUUAACCAUACUAGGACUGCUUCCCAUGAAGGCUUAAGUAAAACUGAGGUGCUCAAUUCAGAGGAUCCUGGGGAGGUGUGGUCAGAUAGUGAGCAGAGCUUUCUGGAUCCAGAUAUUGGAGGCGUGGCAGUUGCCCCAUCCCAUGGGUCAAUUCUCAUAGAGUGUGCAAAACGUGAGCUUCACGCAACAACCCCGCUAAAAAAUCCCAACAGGAACCAUCCCACAAGGAUAUCACUUGUCUUCUACCAGCACAAAAGUAUGAAUGAGCCGAAGCAUGGCCUCGCUUUGUGGGAGGCGAAAAUGGCUGAGAAGGCAAGAGAAAAAGAGGAGGAAUGUGAAAAAUAUGGUCCCGAUUAUGUGCCUCAGAAAGUGCAUGGCAAAAAAGCCAAGCGGGAGCCACCUGAACAGCACGAGAACUUGGAACCAACUUACAUGCGCUUCAUCAGGUCUCUUGCAGAAAGGACUAUGUCGCUCACCACAAACUCCACAGUUACCACAUCUCCAUAUGCCUUUACGCGGGUAACAGGGCCUUACAACAGAUAUAUAUAAAACUUCAGAUCUUUGUCCAUUACCUCAUUUGUUUAAACUAUUCAGUAAGGUAAUAAUUAUUUUAGCUUCUGGACAGGGAGAGGG